AUGGUAAAUUCUGAAGGACCAUCAAAGGCAGACACUCAAGAGAUAUCAAAUCCUCAAGUAAUUGAAGAAAAUCCAGAUCAAUCCGGUGUACGAUAUUCAUUCGGAUCAAGAGGAGAUACAAUAGGACUGGAGGCCGCUCUAAAACUCUUGCCAGGCUCGUUCAAUGGAGACAAGCAGGAGGAAUUGGAGAUAUUCUUGGAAAAAUGCGAGUUUGCGUUAGCAUGCGCACAUGACCAUGUACAGGCUCGACUUCUCCAAGGCAUCCAAGUUAGACUGACAGGGAAAGCCCGUCAGGCAGUCAAGUUUAAGGAAAUACGACAUUGGACUGAACUAAAGGAAGCGUUGAAAUCUGCAUUGGAACCGCAGAGGACGACCACUUAUCUAUUCUCAGAAUUGUAUUCAACAAGGCAGAAAAUCGGAGAAGAUGUAACUAACUAUGCAAAUAGGAUUGAGCAACUCCAAACACUUAUCGUAGAGCAAGAGACCAGUGGGCACAGUUGGGAGGUAGCUCAAGCACUAGGAGCAAGUAUCAAGAAGCAAAGCAUCCAAGUAUUCGUGGAGGGACUAGGACCUCUAAAAGACUUUAUCAAGGCCAGGAAUCCGCUAACGUUAGACAAGGCAAUACAAGCAGCAAGGGAAGAAGAACGGGUCAGAAACUCACAAGAAGCGACAAAGAGGCUAUAUGGAGCGCCGCACCAAUCCACAAAGAAACCUACUUGUUUUCACUGUAAUAAAGUUGGUCAUAUGGCAAAGGAUUGCAGGAGCAAACCGACAACGACAAACUCAAGACCUUCUUCCACAACGGCACCAAUUAGAAGCAUCGAAUGCAACUAUUGUAAAAAGCCAGGACACCUGCUGAAAGAUUGCCGAAAAAGGAAUUACGUAAACUCCAAAAAGGAAGGCAACCAGCAGGAAAACCACCAGCAACCGGCCGCCAACGGUGGGCGCCCGGUGAGCGAGUUAAAAAACACCGGCAACGACAAAUCCUCUACUUCAAAGCAGAAUUAG